GCGGCCCAGUCAAGGCGAGCAGAAGCCGCCGCGUCCCCGCGUGAAACCCUACACUGCUCCCCUCCCACUGAGUCCACCCAUCCACAGAGUGACUGAAGCGCACCUCACCUCACUCUUUAACAACACUGUACGUACGCUGGAUUGUCAAUCUGGAUUAUAUCACAGUUACUCCCUGGUUUCUGGCGCCUGUGAGGGAAACACUUUGGAUUAUUAUCAGCUCAUAAUGAUGCAGCGGUGCUGAUCCAGGGCGUGAGUGCUGGAGGCCGACAGACACCUCCAGUAACGCUGAUAGAGCAGACCUUGAUGGUGGUAAUAAGAUAAACAAAUGAUGGAAUUACGACUGGGAUUUAGGGUGACUCUGGUCUUGGCUACCUUGGUGUUGACUCUUUCCAGUGUGAGGGUGGAGGCUCAGAGGGCAGGCUGUAAAAAUGUCCACUAUGACCUGGCGUUCAUCCUGGAUACAUCCUCUAGUGUUGGGAAAGAGAACUUCGAGAAGAUCAGACAAUGGGUGGCCAACCUCGUAGAGUCUUUUGAUGUGGCUCCGGACAAGACGAGAGUAGCCGUGGUUCGCUACAGCGACAGACCCACCACUGAGUUUACCCUGGCGCGGCACAGGACCUUGGAGGAAGUCAAGCAAGCUGCUCGCAACAUACGCUACCUGGGGGGAAACACGAUGACCGGGGACGCCAUCAGCUACACCAUCACCAACAUCUUCACGGAGCGAAGCGGCGCGCGGCCCGCGGCCAGGGGCAUCCAGAAGGUGGCCAUCCUGCUCACCGACGGCCGGAGUCAGGAUUACGUCCUGGAGCCCUCCAAGGCAGCCGCCAAAGCCGGCAUCAGGAUGUUCGCCGUGGGCAUCGGGGAGGCCCUGAAGGAGGAGCUGGAGGAGAUCGCGGCGGAUCCCAAGAACGCCCACGUCUUCCACGUGACGGACUUUAAUGCCAUUGACAAGAUCCGAGGCAGGCUGCGGAAGAGGCUGUGUGAGAACGUCCUGUGUCCGAACAUGAAAGUUCAACCUGAUCGCUUUAAGCCCAACAGCACCAGUUAUGGUCUUGAAAAGGUUCCAGGGUUUGAUUUGAUGGAGUACUUCAGUGUGAAAGAUAUCCUGGGAACCCGGCUUGACGAAGGCCAAAGUUCUUAUGUGCGCCUCGGCACCAUGCCCAUUGUGCAACAAACAGAAGACGUGUUUUCUCAAGGGCUGCCAGAUGAGUAUGCCUUCGUCACAACAUUCAAAUUCAGGAAAACCUCAAGACGUGAAGAUUGGUACCUCUGGCAAAUAUUUGACAAAUAUGGAAUCCCACAGGUGUCCAUCCGUCUGGAUGGUGAGAACAAGGCAGUGGAGUACAAUGCUGUUGGGCUGACAAAAGAUGCCGUCAGGACUGUGUUCAAGAACCCUCAAGUUGACAACCUAUUUGACCGCAAUUGGCACAAGAUUGCCCUCAGCGUGGAGGCCAAGUCUGUCUCUUUGUACCUGGACUGCAAACACAUCCAAACCUUGCCCAUUGAAGAGAGGGAGGACAUCGACAUCCAGGGCAAGACAGUAAUUGGGAAGAGGCUGUAUGACAGUGUGCCGAUUGAUUUUGACCUACAAAGGAUGAUGAUAUACUGCGAUUCCAAGCACGCAGAGCUGGAAACCUGCUGUGAUCUUCCUAGUGGGCCAUGCCCCAAAAAGGUGGUGACAGAGGCUUCACCUGUGGAGAUCCCUACUCCAACACCCACUGCCGUGCAGCAACAACGCCCAGAGGUCAACUGUUCCGGUCCUGCUGGAGAAAAGGGAGAGAUCGGUUUACCUGGUGUUGCAGGUCCCAAGGGUGAAAAGGGUGCUACUGGUCCACAGGGUGCCAUCGGUCCGCCUGGCAUCAAAGGAGAAAAAGGGGAAACUGGCAAAGCAACCUCUGUCAAAGGUGACAGAGGUGAGAAGGGUGAUAGAGGCAGCAUAGGGUUAACAGGUGCUCCUGGACAGAAAGGAGAGAAGGGACUUGGUGGCAUACCUGGUAUUGAUGGCUUACCUGGAGACAAAGGAGACAAAGGUGAUGCGGGAGCAGCUGGUAAUGCAGGUCUGCCAGGUCCAACUGGCCCAAAGGGAAUAGCUGGGGAAUCAGGAAUUCCUGGUGCACCGGGACCAAGAGGUCUCACUGGACAAGAGGGUGUAAAAGGUGAAAAAGGAACUUCAGGAGAAAGGGGAAUAGCGGGUUUGGACGGCCUACCUGGAAAACCUGGUGUUCCCGGGAAAGACGGUUUAAGAGGACUGGUUGGAACACCCGGGCCCAGCGGAGUUAAAGGCAGCAAGGGGGAGCAAGGCCUUCCAGGAUUACCUGGGGAUGUGUUUCAGACAGAAGGACUGAGGGGUGAAAAGGGAGAAGCUGGACCUCCUGGGCCUCCAGGGGCCGAUGGACCCCCGGGACCUCCUGGUCCUCCAGGUGCACAAGGUGUACCCGGAAAGCCUGGAGAGUUUGGCCAGAGGGGAAAGAAGGGUGAGAAUGGAUUGCCUGGAGUGGACGGACUUCCUGGAAAUCCUGGUCCUCAGGGUCCACCUGGGCCACCAGGAAUCCAGGGACAUACUGGACCUCCUGGUCUACCUGGUGAAAUUGGAUUUUCAGGCAAACCUGGGGAGGCUGGAAAGCCUGGACUUCCUGGUAAAGAUGGCCUGGAUGGUCUUCCUGGAAAUGAUGGUGUUGGGGGGUUGAGGGGCGAGCGUGGAGCUGACGGGUUUCCUGGCAAGCCUGGGCCAAAGGGCGAUGAUGGGCCUCCUGGUCCAAGAGGGCCACCGGGGGAGAGAGGAGAGGCUGGGUCCCCGGGACAACCAGGUGCAGACGGGUCCAGAGGAGACAGGGGUAUUCCUGGUGAAAGAGGGCAGGAUGGACCGCUUGGGGCGAAAGGUGAAAAGGGCGACAAGGGCGAAAUGGGAGUGAGGGGACCCCCUGGAGUUCCAGGAAACGUGGCCAAUGUCAUUCCUGAGCCAGGUGAACCUGGAAAACCUGGAGAAAAGGGAGAGAAGGGGGAUCAAGGGAAACCAGGAGAGAUGGGUCCACGGGGACUGCCUGGUGAACAAGGUUUUAAAGGGCCACCUGGACCACAGGGUCCACAAGGUGACACUGGUCCUACAGGCGAGACAGGGCGCGUUGGAGACCCUGGUCCACCUGGCAUAGCUGGGGCUCAAGGACCCCGUGGAUUACCAGGAAAUGUGGGCAUACCAGGGAUUAUUGGGCCUCCUGGUCCAGCUGGUCAGAGAGGAGACAAGGGUGAAACAGGUAAACCAGGACCAGCAGGUCCCACUGGUCCACCUGGAGAUCCUGGUUUGACAGGGCCCCCUGGACUACCUGGGAAGGGUAAAGAUGGACAAAAUGGAGAAGCAGGACCACCAGGAAUACAGGGGCUCCCAGGGCCAAAGGGUCCACCGGGCUCACGAGGAGAACCAGGUUUAAGAGGGGACAGAGGCGCUGCAGGAGAGGGCAAAGUGGGAGCACCGGGACCACCAGGAAACAAUGGGCAACCUGGACCUGCGGGCUUGAGGGGCCCACCAGGACCAACCGGGCCUCAGGGCCCAGCAGGACAUAAUGGUUUGCCAGGAAGGCCCGGGGAAAAGGGAUCACCUGGAGAACCUGGAAAAGCAGCAGAUAUUUCUGACCUCAACCUAAAGGAUGUUUGCUCAGACUGCCCUGCCGGUCCACCAGGAGCACCCGGUCUCCCUGGGAUUCCAGGAGAAAAGGGACACCAGGGACCAUCAGGGAAAGACGGUCAAGAUGGUCACCAAGGCCCAGCAGGACCAGCAGGACCUCAAGGGCCCCCUGGAGCAGAUGGCGCAAAGGGCAUUAAAGGUGAUCGAGGACCACCUGGAGGACCUGGAGACAAAGGAGACAAAGGCCACCCAGGUCCCCCUGGGCACCCUGGUCCUCCUGGCUUAAUGGGUACACCUGGCACCGAUGGACAACCAGGCCCUGUUGGCCCUCCGGGACCCCCUGGAGAAAAGGGCAAAGAAGGUCUUCAAGGAAUCCAGGGCCCACCAGGUCUUCCUGGCUUGAUAGGCCAGCCUGGAAAAAUGGGAAAAGAUGGUCGACAAGGUGAAACAGGAGAACCAGGAAAGCAGGGUGAACCUGGACCACCAGGAAACCCUGGACUCAGAGGACUACCAGGCUUUAAAGGCCACAGAGGAGAACCCGGAGCCCCAGGACCCAAGGGAGAAGAUGGAAAACCUGGAUCACCUGGGCGAGAUGGCAAAUCUGGAAAAGAUGGUUCUAAAGGACCUCAAGGCCCAGAGGGACCUAUGGGACCAAGAGGAGAGUCGGGCAAGCAAGGUGAACCAGGACCAUCGGGAAAAGCAGGGCUUCCUGGAACUCCAGGGCUUAGGGGAGACAAGGGAGAGGCUGGCAGCCCAGGAUUACCAGGAUUUAGUGGGCCUAAAGGUCCUGCGGGGCCGCCUGGUCCAAUUGGCCCAGAAGGAAAACAGGGGAUGCCAGGCAGAGCUGGUGACCGUGGCCUCAAGGGAGAUAAGGGUGACCCAGGUGUAAAAGGAGAUAAAGGACUUGCAGGAGAGUCAGGAAUGCCUGGAAACCCUGGACCCCCAGGCAGAAAGGGCCAUACAGGGAUGAUGGGCAUGUCAGGACCUCCAGGAGAAAUAGGGGCUCCAGGGCCACAGGGGCCUUCAGGAAAUCCUGGCCUCCCAGGCCCCAGAGGGGAGUCAGCAUCACUGGAGCAGAUGAGACGACUCAUCCAGGAAGAGUUAACAAAACAAUUAGAUGCCAAACUAGCGUACCUCAUGGCUCAGUUCCAGCCAGCACAUGUGAAAAGCACAGCAGGUCGUCCAGGACCUCCAGGCCCACCUGGUAAAGAUGGCAGUUCUGGACGCCCUGGGCCACCUGGGGAGCCUGGUAUGCCUGGCCAAAGUGGAGGAGAAGGACCCAGGGGACCCAUGGGCCCAAAAGGUGAAAAAGGAACAAAGGGAGAUCAAGGAGAACCUGGUGUUGGUGAAAGAGGUGAACAAGGUCCAUCUGGCCCAAUAGGUCCACCCGGUCUGCCUGGAUACGGUAAAGAUGGAAGCCCAGGACAAGCCGGAGCCCAGGGAGAGCCAGGAAACCCCGGCCCCCAUGGUCAGCCUGGACCCCCAGGCCCUCCUGGGCAAUGUGACCCAAGCCAGUGUGCCUACUAUGCCAGCCUGGCACAAAGACCCCACACCAAAAAUGUUAAGGGAACUUAAGGAGCAAGCCACAAUGAGCUUGUAAUCCAGCCGUAUUUAUGAACUUGAUCGUGUCAGUCUGAAUCAAGAACUUUUCUAUUUCAAGGUAACCUCUGCAUGGAGGGCUUAAGCAAAAACUGCUGCCGGUCAGAUCUUUUGUUUUGUUUGUUUGUUUUUGGUAUGAAGCUUGGGAUGGAAGAGGAUUGAGCAUCAUGGGACUUUUAGGAUUUGUUAGGGGUAAGAAGGGCAGCUAAGCAGGUUUUUCCUCACUUGCAUGCUUCCUGUAAAACAUAUAGGGAGAGAACACCUUGAAGAUUUGGGAUUCUAGUGUUCAGCCAAUUAUUAUAAAUAUUAUGAAAGUAUUUUACACCAUUUUACCUACACUGUAACACACUGCGGAUCGCCUGCCAGUCAAUUGGUUGUAACUCACUGCAGGGAAUUAUCGGUUUUAUUGUCCCUGAUUGGACAGUGUCAACCAGACCAGUCAUGAUUUUGUGUAGGAGGAGUGCUAAUGAGUUGGUGUGGACAGUGAUGAAUGGCCACAUUUUUGCACUUCUUCUCUCCUGCUGGUAGCAGUGUUAUUAUGUAUUGUAGACUUGUUUUGGACAGUAUUGGUGCCACUAAGGAGAAAAAUAAAAUAAGGCUUAGAGCCCCAGUAAAGCAACGCUGUUUCAAACUUUCUAGAGUUUGCAAAAUUUAUUAUUGGUCUAUAAAUCCAGAGAAGUGCCUGCAAUAUCAUUUAUCUGAUUUUGUAUGUACAGUACUGUAUGUGUAUGACAUGUAUUUCAAGGUGGACGUCAACUUUUCAUGUAUGACAGGAUAAUGUCAUUUCUUUCCACUGUUAUAUGCUUUUGCAGCACAUACGGCCCGUGUAAUUAUUAGUCAUGAAGUCACAAAAACCCAUUAAAUCUGGAUCAAAGAAGACUGAAGUCACGACAGCAAGAAAUGUCAGUUAGAUUAGUAUGUUGUCUGUUUAAUGAAGAGGUUCUGGUCAUUUGCUCUGCAUGGACUUGAUCAGUAAGCCCCCCCUGAGGAGGUGAUAUAAUUGCAGCCUUUGUUCACGUUUUUGGAAAAGCAACUUGUUUCACACUGCUUCUCCUAAAUGUGUUGCUUCCUGUCUAUUCAACGACACUCAUUAAGCCACACUCUGGCACAGCCCAGGCAGCUCAGACCGAUGGUUCAAAGACAUUGCUUUUCCUAUUUGUCUCCCAGAACUCAAAAUUGGAGAGCUGCUUCCCUGCAUUCUGAUGACCACACCAUUGUGGCAACCAUUUAAAAGAUGUGUUGCUUUAAUCUCAGAUGGAGUGGUCAUCUAGAAGCUAUUGAAUAUCUUCCCAUUUGUCUUCCUUUCAGAAACAUGAAGGAACACACAAAUACACCAUCAGGGGAAGUAAUGUAAAUGAAAAACCUAUCUAAUGUGAGUUUGCUAGGUUAUCGAUUAGGACCUGCAGGUCUAAGGUUGCCGAUUUUUUUGUCAUCACUUGCUCAGGUUGGAACAGUAAGGUUUCACGUUCUGGCUUAACUCAAGUUCUGGCCUAACUUCCUGAUUGGUUUAGAAACUUUUGUCUUCCUGUCUGACAUUAAACAGUUGGGUCCUAUUCACACUGAUGCUUACUGUUCUAUAUAAUUAACUAGUCAUUAACUACAUUAGCCUUGUUAACUACAUGGCUAAUCCGGUCAAAUCUAAAACAGCCAACUGAUUCACUUCACCUGUUCUCUCUGACUCACUUUUCAGAAUCAGAAUCACUCAUCUGGCCACCAAAACUGUGGAUGUUGCCUCUGAGGUUCAACUUGAGCAAUGACCCUGCUUUGGCCUUCAGAUCAGCCGUGUUCACAGGGUAUUUCAUUAUUUUAGAAGAAGCAAUCAGGAAGCCACAUGCAGUCAUACAGUUUUUAUCGUCCUCCCUAGAAUACGUUUGCUAUUGAAAAAAUAUCGUAUAGUAUCAGUGUUGUGGCAAAUACUUGUUACAGUUGCUGAUGGCAAAUUGGUUUACACAGUAUAAAAUUACACAUUUCAUACAUGCCAUACAGAACCAUUAGUCAGUCAGACUGUCAUCAGAUCAGCAGACUGUCAUCAGAUCAGCAGAUAGAUUUUUUUAAGUUAUAUUGCUAAAUUAUUCAUGAUUUGUUGUUUUAUUGCAAGAACUGAAAUACACUAAUUAACUUGUUUUCCCCAUGUUUUUUUUCACAAGUUGGUGCUAAGACAUUUUAAAAUAGUAGCAUAUUGUAAUUAUUGGAAAGAUGUGUACUGUACUGUAUAAUAAAGACUGGAAUGGA